AUGUACACAGACCGGCUGGACGUGCUGCUGGGGGCCCCCUCUUCUGCUGUUGUGGGGCCCCUGGCGAGGGGGCCCCCCGAGGGGCAGGCGCUGCUGAUGGGACUUGCGCUGGCUUGUGCUGCUUGUCUUUGCUGCUCCUUUAUCUUUUUGUCGCUGCUGCGGGCGGCCAAUUUGCUGCCAGCAAGUCUGCUGCACCACACCCGCAUUCUCACCUGCACCCACCUUUUGCUGCAGGACAGCAGCAAGGCCCCCCGCAGCAGCAGCAGCAGCAGCAGCAGCAAAGACCCGGCUGCCAAGGCAGAAUGCGGCACACCCUCUUCCGCCCACUCCAGAGAACAAGAGGCUUGCAUUUUUUGUUUUGACGAAAUGAAGCCAGGAGAACUCCUCCGCGUUGUCACUUCCUGCGGCCACAAGUUUCACGCUGGCUGCCUUGACGUUUGGCUUUUCGACAGGCUAAAGGCCUCUUGCCCAAUGUGCGGCCCUUUUCGCUACCCUAGUGGGGAGGGGCCGCCCCUGUUAGCCUGA